AACAUGGCCACCAGAAAAUUUAAAAUAUGUGGCUUACGUUUGUGGCUCCCGUUAUAUUUCUGUUGGUUAGUGCUGACCGCAAAUAUAUAAAGAACUCAGGCUGAUCAAUAAGGAAAAGAAGCCAAUAGGAAUUGGGCAGAGGACAUAAAUUAUUCACUGAAGAGGAAGUGAGGUUGGCCAAUACACAUAUUGAUUAGAUCUGCAAUCUGACUGCUAGUCAGGAGAGUGCAAGUCAAAAACACAAUAACAAUGUAUACGCAUGCAGUUAGUGAAGGUUGAAAAGUCGCUGUUUACUCACAGUACUGGGUAUUGAUGAGAAUGAAGAGAAUUGUAACUUUCACACACUGAAGGGGGCGUUUAGGUAGUUGCAGUCACUUUGGAGAGCAUUUUGGUACACGUUCUACCCACAGCUAGUCCACUUAUCACAGGGGUUCUCACCGGAGAGGCGAUUUUGCCCCCCAGGGGACAUUUGGCAAUGUCUGGAGACAUUUUUGGUUGUCAUAAAUGAGAGUGAGGGAUACUACUGGCCUUUAGUGAGUAGAGGCCAGGGAUGCAGCUAAACGUCUCACAAUACAGGGGACCGCCACUCAAACUCAAGAGCUAUCAAAGGCCCCCAAAGGAAAAUAGUUCUGUGGUCCAGAAACUCUGACCUAGGCACGGAUUCCAAGGUUGCCCUAGCCUAGGUGCAUCGGGAGAUACAGAUCAAAGUUUUCAUUCCAGGGCUCCAUAUUUACAAUUGGGGGAAUUUGGAAACAACUUAAAUGUCCGUAAGUUUAAGGAAUAAAUGACUAAUGAGGGACCCACCCGCGGAGGUACUAUACUAGUCACGAUGUGGAAAGAUCGCCCGUCCAGCACUGAGUAAAUCAAGUUGCAGGCUCACAUGUACGUGGAAAUACUAUUUUCCAUAAAUACUUAAACUACAAAAUAGUACUUUAUGUUUUAUGUAUUGUGUAUAGAUGCAUGCAUGCAGAGUAAAAAGUCAAAAGCAAAAUCAGGAAGGUUAAGCCAUCAGCACCAAAUAGUGGUUGCUUCUGGGGAGAAAGGUACAUAAGGGAAUUACUUCUGGAAUGUUGACUUCGGACAGAAGUUUGAAGAAAUUAUGACAAAAUAUUAGCUUUUGUUAUUGUAGCCGAUGAGACAUGGGUGUUUGUUAUAUUACUUUCUGUUUUAGUUUUUUUCAAUAUUGGAUUUUUUUUUCCACGAUGAACACGCCUGCGCACUUGCUGAAGUGCGCCGCGGGGUCGGUAGUACCCGGUGCCAGCCCGUGAUUAGGCGUUGUGCCUGGUUCUGUUUGGUUCCCCAGUGUCGACAUGGGCCCUGGCACAGCUCAGCCCAUGGUAAGUGUUUGCUGCACAAGGUGUACAUGGGAUGCUCCGUGGGGUUCCUCACUGUGAGCUGUCUGCUGAGAGGUGCUUGGCCACACCCUUCAGUGCGAUGACCCCUCGGGACCUGCCUGCUGGCCAAGUGGUCACCCCCAGGCCCAACCGCUCCUCACCAGACCUGGACAUGCCCUUCACCCUCUGAACUUCUAAUGGCAUAUUGCAGAGAGUAAUCCAGCUGAAGAUACUAAAAAUCACACCUCCAAGAGUCUUGUGUGUGUUCAAAGGGAAAUAGAUGUCAUAGCACGUAAAUUGCAUGCAAAUCUGAAUGCCUGGGGAGACACUGCAGAGGGGAAGUCUGCUGUUUGGGCUUUGCUGUUGGGUUCAUUCGACAACCCUGACUCAGCCGGGAAGGGUUACACAGCACCAUUUCAUAGUUCAGUGAAAUGUUGAAGACCAGCAAUGGUGGGCUUCCUCACAAGCUGCGUGUUUUAGGAUUCUCCACCUUACAGGGGGCGCCCUCUCUCACGAUCAUUCGAGGUUAGGCCCAUGGAAAGGAUUUCCGCCUGUGGAGCUGGGCUUGUAGCCUCAUUACCCACCAUUUUUUCUGUAAUACAUUGAAAUAAUGAACUGAUGUCAUGGGAAAAUAGAAUUAUUAAGGCUUUUAUAAGAUACCCCUUCCCUUUAGAAUCUCAGUGGGAGAACAGCUUAAUUAGAUGGUCGGAAGGUGUUUUCAAAAGACUUUCAGAAUGGAAAAUCCAAGUCAGUCUUGUGCUGGUCUGUGUGUCUGCAUCACAGAGCAAGGCUGAACCAGGAAUCCAGUCCCUCAUGGGGACCUCAUCCCUCUUACUGUGACCAAAUGGUAUAAUUGUACCAUUGUAUUUGCUGUGAUCAAAUGGUAUAAUUUAUUUUCAUGCUGGAUUUGCAUCUUCAUCCCCCAGUGGAAUAUCCUUUUCUUAAGUCCCGGUAUUAAUUUGAAUCGCCUUUGAAGUUAACAGAGGGAAACUUUGCUGCAGUCUUAGUACUAGAAGGCCAGCCUAGUAGCUGUAUUAUUAUGUCUGUCUGACAGAUUUUCAGGCUCACCAACAGUCCUCCUGAGAUUAUGGGCUUUGCUGACUACCUCCCAUCAGCCCCUUGACCUCAUCAGCUAUCCCAGUUGUAAACAUGUCUCAAGGAACCCGGAAACAAUCCUCAGAGUAAAACGUCCUGUCACACACAUCUGCAAAAGCGUUUUUGUUGGUUUGUUUGUUUUGUUUGUUGGGGUUUUUUUUGGCCGCACUGUGCGGCACUAUGGGAUCUUAGUUCCUUGACCAGGGAUGGAACCCGGGUCCCCUGCAGUGGAAGCGUGGAAUCCUUAACCACUGGACCACCAGGGAACUCCCUGCAAAAUGUUUUAUGAGAUACAUAACACCAAAGCCACAUUUACAGAGUGAUAGUUUCGCUGAGAAUUAUUUAAAGUCCGCAAGGUCAGGCAUUGUUACUGUGAGAGUUGCUGGGCUCUUUUGCCUUCCACCAAAUGUGCAGGAGUGAUGCCCGUAAGUGUACGUGCCAGGCCGGGGUUGGGCAGUGCCUGCUGCCCAGAGGGUCCCGGCCAUGCCCUUGCCAUUGAAUGCGAUGGUGCAAAGUUCAGAUCCACUUACCAUCUAGGAAGAAACUUUACUGAAGCCCUAGUCCUCGUUCAUUUAUUCAACAAGUAUAUAUCAGCUCAGCUAUGUUCUCAGAGCUGGGGACCUGGCAGUAACCAACAUAGAUCAAAUUUUCAUCCUGGAAUUUACUUUCUUGUCAUGGUGGUUAAUCAUAAAUGAGAUUAUCGAAACAAUGGCUAACACAUUUUACCCAACAAAUUAUGCCCACAGUAGCGGUGACGCAUGGUCUCCUUUUAGAAACAUAGUGUAGCUUAAGAAGACCAGAAUUCUCAAGUUCUUUCAUAAAGUCACAUAAACUUUUCCCUGCCCCCGUCGGUGGUAUUAUUAUGGAGAAAGGCAUAGACAUCAGUUUUCAAGUAGCUGAGUGUACUCUCGGUUCUGGACCUAAAAGUUAUACAAUGGAUGGUGGAGUUUUUCCUUACAGUCGGAAAUGGGCCCUGUCCUGUUUCUUCUGUAUGGUCAGGGGAAUUACUCUAUUACUGUGCCAUAUGGCUGUGGGGUUUGUACGUGCGUCUUGGUGCUGCAGUCUCCCCCUUGUUUGUCACAAUCUGUUUCUUUUGCCCACUGCCCCCCUCCCCUCUUCACAGAUGGUUCUUUUUUUCAGUUGUUGUUAUAAAACUGUAUUUCCUCAUGAGACUGUUGUUAAACACCGUGUUUGCUUUCUUGCUUUUCAUCGUGAAGUAAAAUCGUGUAAGUUCCUCACGAAUAUGGCUUUGUUUUAAAGAAUUCUAAUGGUACCAAAAUGGAGUGAAAAGUGAAAUUAGUUCUCUGAAGUGUUCCUUCCCCAACUACCCUGUAUUAAUCAGGGGUCUCCAGAGAGCUAGAACCAGUAGAGAGUGUGUGUGUGGUGUGUGUGUAUCUAUCGACAUGUAGAGAGAUACAUGGUUAGAUACAUACAUAUAUUGAUUUUUAGAGAGAUACAGCUAUAUAGUUAGUGAGAUUUAUCCAUAGCUGUCCAUUUAUAUCUGUAUCUCUGUAUAUAGGGGGAUAGAGACAUUUAUUUUAAGGAAUUGGUUCACACAAUUGUGGAAGCUUGGACGAGACCAAAAUCGGUAGGGUGGCUGGCAGGCUGGAGACCCAGGGGAGAGGUGUAGUUUGAGUCCAAGGGCAGUCUGCCAGGAGAAUUCCUUCCUGCUUGCGGGGGCGGGGGGGGGUAUCAUUCUUUUUCAGUUCAGGCCUUCAACUGAGUGGAUGAGGCCCACACAUGUCAUGGAGGGUAAUCUGCCUUAGUCAGCAUCUACUGAUUUAAAUGUUCAUAUCAUCCCAAAAGUACUGUCACAGAAACACCUGGAGUAACGUUUGACCAAAUAUCUGGGUACACAUAAAACUAACAGACCUCUAUUCCCCUUUCUUCUACAGAGGAUGCUAAUUCAGUAUUUUGGUGCCAUCCUUCCAGAUGUGUCUGUGCAUUUGCUAGUGUGUGUGUCUGUGUGUGUGUGUGUGUAUUGAGAGGUUUAACACACUUAGAGGAUGAUCUUCUUUCUUCACCCUCCCCUUUCAUCUGUUAAUGUAAUAAAUGAUGUUGUUAGAAUCCUAGUGUUAUAUCAUCCUUUCUUCCUACAAGGAAUAGGGCUUUGGUUUGUUUAUCUUUGGUUUUUCAUGUACAAAUGCUUACAAUUUUUAAGCAGAAACAUCUCAACUUUAUUCCGUUAUCAUUGCUCUGACUUUUCCACUGUAUGUAGGCUUUGAAAAUUAGGGCUGUAUUUCGAGGGCCUAGAGUUUCCAGCUGACCGCUAAAUGGGGGCUUCCACUUGUAGGUAGCUUACUUUUUUUUCCCUUAAUAAUAAUAUUUUAUUCUCAUGAAUGCUUUGUUUGUAAUUUAAAAAAUAAGCUGUCUGUAGCUUCAGGGAACCACGUGCCAGUGGGCUUCUGACAAUUCGGCGGGUGGACAGUACUUUCCUUUGUGACAGGUCCUUUGUUGAAUGGUCUUGGGAAGCCGUGGUCAGGGGUUGCUAAAGAUUGUAGCUCCCCUCCCAGCUUCCUGUCGGGGGCACUAAGGUGACCCAGCCAAAACAGAGUUUAAGUUAUAGCUAAACACUAGUUUUAAAAAUAGAAAUGUCAGUCGUUUGGAACAGAUUCCCAGAAAAUAGGUGACAAAGGUAAUGAUUUUUAGUAGUAAGGGAAGUCUCUGUGGAGCCUAGAGCUACUACUUCUGUGUUCAAUACCAUUUUAUCCUGAGCCCUUAAAUUGCAUUAUCUAUUUUUUUUUCCUGAUAAUCUUCAUUUCUGACCUAAGGUUAUGCUAAGAUUUCCAAGGCCGCCAUCAGAAGGGGCUUACUUCACAUUUAGGGAAGGCUUACCUUAGGGGCUGGAAGGGGCUGUGGUUCUAGAACAGACCCCCUUUUGAUUGGGGUAGGAAGAAGUGGAGGUGAGGCUGAUUCCAAAAGAACCAGGAACUGCAGGAGCCCUGGAGAGCAUCCCUUUAUUUAUUAUCUGCCAAAGGGAAGUCUUCCUUUUAACCGGAAUCCUUUUUUUUUUGGCUAUACCACGUGGCUUGCAGGACCUUAGUUCCCUGCCAGGCAUUGAACCUGGGCCCUCAGCAGUGAAAGUGCACUGGACCACUAGGGAAUUCCCUGGAAUCCAUAACUAAUGGUUGGGUUGGCAGGAUUGGUGAAAGUAGAUGUCCUUUGAGAUGUUUCUGUAGGGUGGGUUUGAAAUAUGUGUUAAAAAACUCUCAGAAUAACUCUUUCCUUUAAUCCAGAAAUACGGCUUCUAAGAAUGUCCUCUGAGAAAAUAAGAAAUGAUAUGCACACAGCCUCAGCUCUAGGAAUUUUCAUUGCAGGUUUGACUCAGAGAAAAACAGGAAGAAAAUCUCAGAGUCCAAGAAUAGGGAUCCAUUAAAUAACUAAGAUUCUGCAAUAUGUGUGAUACCCCACAGCCGUUGGAAAUGUUGACGCAGAAUUACUUUUAUUGGUAGAUGUUGCUGUAUAUUCCUGACAGACAUAUAGGAAAUAAUCCUGUGUUUUAGUUUAAAAUUUUUUUUAAAAAUGUGUGUGUGUGUCUGUGUGUGUGUCUGUGUGAGAUUGUGUGUCUGUGUGUGUGUCUGUGUGAGAUUGUGUGUCUGGACUGAAAAUUUCUUUUCUAAUCUAUGUUUCUGGAUUUUUUUUCUGUAGCAACUAUGAGCUCCUUGUGGACUUAUAUAAAAAGGAAGUGGCUACAUUUUGUGCAGCAUGCCUCAUUUAUAAGUCAGGAGAUGAUUGUAGAAUAUUCGAGAAACACUGUCAUCCAAAGAAACUCAGCGAGACUGCAGCAUUUACGAUGCAGGCAAUCCCAAGUUUUCUGGACCAUUUAUGCAGCAACCGGCCUCAUUGUUGCCUGCUACCACGGCUUUGUGGAUACUGUGGUGGUCUUGGCAGACUGCCCCCACGUUGACGUCAACUGGCAGGACAGCGAGGGCAACACGGCCCUAAUCACGGCUGCACAGGCAGGGCACGUCACCAUCACCAACUACUUGUUGAACUAUUUCCCCGGUCUUGACCUUGAAAGGAGGAACGUGUUUGGCUUCACGGCCCUGAUGAAAGCCGCCAUGCAGGGCCGAACGGAGUGCAUCCGAGCUCUGAUGCUAGCAGGGGCAGAUGUCCACGCCAGGGACCCUCACCGCGGAAUGUCGUCCCAGGAGUGGGCUACUUACACGGGACGGUUUGAAGCGGUCCACGUCAUCCAGAGGCUGCUGGAGCGACCCUGCCCAGAGCAGUUCGGGGAAAAGUACAAGCCAGAGCUGCCGCUGGCCCCCGAGGCGGGUCCGAAGCCUGCGGGCUCCAAGAACUGCUUGCAGAGGCUCACCGCGUUUGUGCGGUCCAUGCUUACCUCCCGCUUGCGCCAAGGCCUGGAGGAUGGGGGCGUCCUGGACCACAUGGUCAGGAUGACCACGAGCCUCUACAGCCCCGCCGUGGCCGUCGUCUGCCAGACCAUGUGCCCCGAGAACCCCCCCUGUGUGGGGAAAAGGCGGCUGGCGGUGCAGGAAAUCCUGGCGGCACGGGGGCGCCCGGACACGCAAGCCCAAGAGAGGGACAAAGCGGAGGGCGCCGAGCAGCGAUUCCGGACCUCCCAGACCGCGGGGGUCUCCAGAGAGGGGGCCCCCAGAGCCAGCUCCACGCCUUCUUCCCAGCUGCCAGCUGCCCCGCGGAAGGCCAGCCUCCUGUCCCUGCAGCUGCUGCGGCGGAGCAGCGUGCGGCCGGGCGUGGUCAUCCCCAAGGUGCGCAUCAGCAAGGCGCCCGCGCCCGCCUUCCAGCCCGAGCGGGCCGCGAAGGGCAGCACCAAGGACAGCACCCACCUGCAGCUCCCCAAGUGGCGGUACAAGGAGGCCAAGGAGGAAAGAAGGAAGGCGGAAGAGGCAGAGAAGCAGCGGCUGGCCACGGCGCACAAGGAGAAGCGGGCACCGUCCUGGAGGAAAAGGACGUGACGGGAUUUAGCUAAAUGCCUUGAUCAUCCCUGGCACCACUACUCUGAGAUCUAAAAAGGGCGGAAAAGCAAGGCAAUGCUGAGAGAUCAACAGUGCCCUGUGGAAUUAUCAUGUCGUGCCCGCCAAACACCCACGAGUGAAUGAACGGCAGAUUCCGCCAGCUGCUUCUGUGCAGAACGUUGGCACAAUUCCCCCACCUCCACCGCGCACUUUCCCCCUUUUUUUCUUUAGGGAGGGAGACUUGGUUUGCCCUCCUGGCGGGUGACAGCACCGCCCUGCUGUAGAUCCCGUGUCUGCUUGCACUCCUGAUGUCUGUUAACUGUAAAUAGUGAAUUUCAACUUGACAGGUACCCUCUCAGGGAUUUAUAUAUAAAUACAGUUAGGGGAAGAGUUGAAGUAUAUUUUAAUACUUUUUAAUAUCUGAGUGAGCUAUGAUUAAACUAGAUAGAAAAAAUAUUUCUAAGACAAUGUCAGUUUUGCUGUUUUCUGGGGAGAUGCCUGGGAAUCACCCCUCGUGUUGAGAUUUCUUGAUUAUUAGAAACUCGGGACUCUGGCAGCUGAAAUGGCUUUGGAGUGGAUGUGAAGUCACUUCAGUGCCUCUCAGUUGCCCCUUGUGGAUGUGAACCCUUGUACUAAAAAAAAAAAUUGCAGCCUUUAUGUACGUAGAGAUGGCUGUGACAACACAGAUGGACCGUUCAUCGCUUUUACCUCUACAAUUGUUUCCUCCCCAUCUGAUCCAGGGGUGUGUGGUGUGACGGUGACAGUGUUUUCUAUCUGCUUAUAUGAAUCGUGUUCUACAGUCAGUCGAGCGCCAAGCUCACCGCUGGGAGUGGGGAGGGAAAAGCUGGAAUGACCGCGUCGUUCAGAGACCUUGCAUGUCUUCGGCUACCUUUGAGAAAUGCAACACGUGACAUCGCGGACCUUCGUGACUUUUUCUGCAGCACCUCCCCACGAGCUCCUGGCGGCACUAGAUGCCUCAGAAAUAGGAUCGGAAAUUGCAGCAGUUCGUCAUCUCAACUUCAGGCACCCCUGCUACUCACUCAUUCUGCAGUGGAGGAUAGAGUUCGUGAUGUCAGUUGGAAAGUGGGAUUUGUGGAUGCAGCGUGGCCGGUCCAGGCUGCCUCUGUCUGCUUCCUUCCGUGCUGUGGACGACCGGGUCUCUGGAAGUCCGCUGAGUGGAGAUGAGGCUGUGAAACAAUCCCGUGAGGGGGGCCACACCCCAAUCCUGAAGUGGAUGCAAAGCCUGCUGUCUCCAGGGAAGAAUCAUGGGUACCGAGUUGUUAUGAAGUAAACCCCCCCGAGGGGCCAAUAAAUGAGCUAAGACUAAGAAGUAGGGACGAUUUGACUCUUGCGGCCUCUGGCAGGAUCACAGGAUUCCCCCCUUAUCCACGCUGCAUUAAGACGGAAGACUGUCUUUUCAUCAUUCACUUGAGCUCCGCUAAAGGAGUUCUAGCCCUGACGGAUGUCAGGUGCAGCGCUUACCCCCGGGUUCACUUGGAGACCUGUGCUCGCUCAGUUCCCAUCCUGAUACAUGCAGGUGUUCCCUGCAGUGCUAAGAUUUAUCAGGAACUGUUGUAAGCUGCUAGUCGCCAUCUAUCUUUUAUAGGAUGAAGUGCUGACACACUUCUUCUUUUUCACAGUAUUUGGGGAAAUCCUAACGCGCCACCCAAGUGUUCCCUUGCGAGCCUUUUCGUCCCACGUGGGUGACUGUUUGGAUUCUGCAUUUGGCUGUGGGUGCCGGCUCACAGGAUCCC